ACCAGGAGAAACAAUAAAUUUAAAGCUUGGUGGUGAUAGACGAAAUGUGGGACGUAAACAGAAUCAUGUAAUGAUAACUGUUUGCUUAUUAAAUGAAAAGGAUGAAGUACUAAAACCAGAUCAUCAAUAUUGGUAAAGAAAAAUAUGAAACAUUAGCCAAAGUUGGACAUCUAUUUGAAUACCAGCUUUGGGAUCUUAAAGAAAAUGGAAUAUACGAUGAUAAUGGUAUACAUUGGCCAAUUGAAUUUUUUUUCUCUGGUGAUUGGAAGUUUAUGUAUAAUAUAAUGGGUUUAAAUGCCCCAAACGCAAAAUACUUUUGUUUAUAUUGUAAUUGUGAAACUGGUGAACGUUGGAAUAUGGAUUUACAAUGGCCAAUUAAUGAAAAUACUAAAUGUAAAAAAAAACCUGCGUUAUUCCCUGCUAUUAAGCAAGAAAAUUACAUUCCAGAUGAGUUACAUUUGUUAUUACGUAUUUCUGAUGUACUAAUGGAGUGUUUUUUUAAUGAUUUAUUCAAAAAAAAAGAAUUUGAACAACAAAUUAAAAGUCAAAUUGAGCAAACCAUGAAAACUAUUAAAGUCCAUUUCGAAUUUUUUAAAUCAAAAUCACAUGGACAACGUGGUGAAGAUAUUGAAAAACUUUGGCGUGAUUUUUAUGGAUUAUAUGUUGUCUUAAGAAAGCCAUUUUUAACAAAUUCUGAAAUUGAUGACUUUGAAAUUAAGAAUUUCUACGAAAUCUAAAAGAAAAAAAUUUGUCAUUACGAAUUUUUUCCACUUCAAGUAUUGAGAAAAAAAACCACAAUCAGAACUACUAUGGGUGGCGAAAUUAAAGGGAAGUCUGUAGUACAUGACAUAAUGGAAUUUGAAAACUGUCAAUUGUAUUAUUUGAUUAAUAAUACUCCACAAGAAAUUCAGAUGCGGAAUAUUAAU